CCAGUGUCCACCCACUCCCUCCCAGGAAGUCGCUCAUGCCUGAGAAUGGAGCUCACACAAGCAGGACAUUUCCCCUGACAAUUGAAAGGCAUGGUAGCCACCUGGAAAUUUCCAGAAAAUCCACAUUGCAGACUCAUUCAAUUUUUCUUAAGUCUGGGCCAACGAACUGUUUCUGGGAUGGAGCCCACAGCCCAGCAGCAGACCCAGAAAAGCUUCAGCUACAUCAUCAGGGCUCCCAGCAGCGAUGGCUUUGACAUGAUGAAUGUAGACGUGAAGAUCGACACGUGCUGGGUGUUCCGAGAUGUGGAGGAGAGCGACCAGGAGCAGGGAUGCCUUUCCGAAGCAGCCAGCAGCCCAGACUUGGACACGGGGCUGCUCAGGGAGCAGCUAGAAUCCUCAGAGCGGAAGCUGUUGGCAGCUGUGGACAAACACGUGACGUCGGAGUCAGGGCUGAGGAGCAGGGUCCAGGAGCUGGAGCUGUCGGAGAAGAAGCUUCUCCUGGAGGUAGAACAGCUGAGUGCUUGUGUGGCCCAGGAAAGAAGCGCCUCACUCAGCGCCCAGGAGCAGCUACAGGCACUGCAGGGGGAACUGGUCAUCCGGGUGCGGGAGGCGGAGAGCGCCGCAAGACGGCAGCAGCGGCUGCAGGAGCGGCUGAGGCACAAGGACGAGGCGCUAGCACAGCAAGCGGCAGCUCUGGAGCGCUGUGGGCAGGCGCAGCGGCUGCAGCUGGGCCUGGUGCAGGAGCAGGAGAGCGUUCUGCGGGCACAGGUGCAGCGGCUGGAGCGCGACGUGCGGCGUCUGGGUCGCGCCGCGGGCUUCCUGCUGGCACAACUACGUGCCGCAGACCAGUUGCCCAGUGCGGGCAGACCCGGGUGGCAGCCCCCGGCCGGUCCCCUAGGCGCCCCAGAGGCCACAGAGCUCAGCGCACUGCGGAGCAGGGCGGAGCGUGCGGAGCGGGAGUGGGCGGAGGCGGUGCGCAGGCUGCAGCUGCACAGCGUCACCGAGCGGCAGCUGCGGGAGCAGCUGGAGGAACUGCGCUGCUGCGUAUAUGGGCUGACGCUAUCGGAGAUAGGCCUGCACAGCCAGGUGGAGGAGCUCACCCACCAAAAUAUGCACCUGCGGGCCCAGCUGGGGCACAGUAGCCCGGGUGCCUUGGGCUGUUCACAGAGUGAUUCUCUGCCCCCACCCAGGGCAGAGGUGCUGGAUCCCUGCAGCAGCCAAUGCUGCCACAGUGAUGCUCAUGGACCUCAAGCCCCAGCAGGCCAGCUCUCAGAAGAGCUCCACAGCUGUGUUCAAGAUCAUCCGGACCCCUGCAUGGUGUUGCCAGCAAGAACCAUAGGCAAGCUCCAGGGAGACCUGCCAGGGUCUGAGCGUAGACAGGGUGCUCUUUUCCAGCCCCAGCUAGAGGGACAGAUUCUUCAGCUGCUGUGUAGCUGUCCCCCAGGGCCAGGCAUGGAUGAGCCAUUCUGCUCCUUGGACCUGGCAGGAGUUUCCGAGAAGCUUCGAGCCACGAGAGCCCAGGAAUCCCUUUUGCUGUUACCAACAUCCGUGCUCCCGCUCUGGGGACCUUCUGAGGAACCACAGCUCCUACUGCCAUCUCUGUUCCCAGAGCAUUCCCUACAAGAACUUCAGACCCAAGAAGAUGUGGACAGCAACCCCUCACCUGCCCCUGGGGGUGUGGCACACCACAAUUGGCCUUGUAAUCUGGCAAGGAGCCAUCUCACCUCCUACAGCCAGCAGUCCCCACUCAUUUCAAAUGGUCCGUUUCCCACAAAAGGGCCCAAGGAGCCAAGAGAUGCGUGGGAGGAGAGGAGCGGGCCCCCAGUUGCAAGUGCAGAGAAGUGGGGGGUGAUAGGAACAUUGGGAAUGAUAAAUUCAGAGCUUGAUCACAAGUCCCAGCUGGACCAGGAAAGCAAUGAGGAGCUGGUCUUGAACACUGAGACCCAAGCCCCAGAAGACAUGCAGGAAGGGAACAGGGCUUCAGAGACCCAGGCCAUAGCCCACUGCCCUUGGCUCCAGCCAGAAUGGCUAACCCUGUCUCUGCAUGGGACAACCUCUAGGUCAGAGCUCGAGGAUGGCUCUGAUUCCUCAAGCAAGAAAGGGAGUGUGGAAGGAUGUUCCUGGGAACUCUUAGGGAAGCUGUCACCAGAAAAGGAGGAAGAGACCACCAGCACCAGGGCCCACGAGACCAGAGAGCCAGAGCCAAAUGGUAGCCAGCUUCCAGUAGGAAAGGGCAAAGAGGUCUGGAGGAGGGCACGGGGCAAGCAGGGCCACCAGCUGUGCUUUGGAGACACUCAGCUGCUGCAGAAGGAGAGGUCUGGGGAUGAAGGACAAGAGGAGAAGAUGCAGGUACGAGUGGUACCCAGCCCGGCUUCUUUGGGAGUCUGGGAGCAGCCUGACUUCAAGGCCCAUGUGGGUCAGGAACAGUGCGUACCAGUGAGUGGUCGGCAUUUGCUGAAGUUUCUCAAAUGGGCCCCAGCGGGUGACAGCAGAGAAGGUCCUUGCCCCUCGCAGGCUCUGAUCACACGACAGGACAGGUGCACCCUCCAGAUGGACACACUGGAGAGGGAGGUGGGGGUCUGCUGCCAGCAGCCGAACAACCUGAAGAUUGUCUGUGGAGAUCCCCAGCAGAUGUCAGCGCAGGCAGGAGAGCGCCAGAGUGUCACUCACACAUGGUUGGACACUGAGGGCAGUGUGUGCCAUCAGCGGGCCUCGGUCAGCCAGGAUCUGAAUGCAAAACCCAGCAGGAAUGGUGAGGGAGUGAGGCUGGAAGAGGAUGCGGCCCUGUGUACUAGAGACCUUCUUCCAAGAGCAGCACUUGAUGGGGAUAAAGCCAACUGUGGCCCAGGUGAAAGCCUGCUCCCUCCUACAAGGUGUACCCGGAAGAAGGCGGGGAGCAGGUUCCACCAGCUCCUUGCCACCCCAAAGAAAGAGAGAAGUCAGGCUUUGCUUGAUAAUGCCAGGCUUCAAGGAGCCCAAGAGGGAUGUGACCAUGAAGGAUGUGAUCAUGAAGGAUGCUAUUGUGAGAGAGAGCGAGCCAGAGAAGCAGCCAAAGCACAGAGGUUGGAGCAAGCAAACCACAUACUGCAGGGAGAGCUGGUCUGCCUCAGGCAUGAGCUGGACCAGUGUCUGCAGGCUGUGUCUGACCUGGAGGACUGUAAUGGGAAGAGUUACUGCAAGAUCUCCCAACUGGAAGAAGAGAACGAGAAACUGAAGGGGGACCUGGGUCGGCUGCAUAAAGCCAUGUCCGAGAGUGUCAGGAAAGCGGGAAGCAACAUGAAGCGUGUUACCCUGGAAAACAGAGAGCUCAGGGCUCUGAUCUCAGAGCUUGGGGUCAGUUACAAAGGGCUGAUAAAAGAUACAGUGCUAGCGAUAGAAGACAUGGUCUGGGCUCUGCAGAGGGAAAACAAACACCUUGUAGGCAGGGUCCAAGGCCUGGAGCGGGAGGUCCUGAGGAUGAGCGGGGAUUCAGCGGAAGAAAAAUGGUGUUCCCAGGGAAACUCCAAGAUGGCAGAAGACAAGGGACACAAUGAAGACAAAGAGGUCCAGGGGACUCUGUCUUCAGGACAACUGAUCACAAGAGCCCGUGGACCACACUGGGAUGAGAAAUCAGGUGUGACUUGGGGGCAGGCAGGGCCUUCCUUAGAUUUGGAAGUUUCCAGAUGCAGAGCGGUUGCUAGUUCUGCCUCAUCAGUUUGUGCAGUCACUGUUGGGCCUCAGGAAAUACAUACCAGUGGUGCAAGGGAGGAUGGAGCUCGGCUGCCAAAGGAAGAGGAGACACCAUGGUGUUCCACGCAGCAAGGACAGUCUCAGAGGUCCCUGGGCUGCAGCCUCCAGCUCCAGACCCCCAAGGCCGCUGCCUCUGAGGAAGACCCCAAACUGUGCAUACAGCGGCUCCACCACCAGGUGCGGACUCUACAGUGCCAGCUCAGGGACCAGGACUGGGCACUGCGGGAGUUGCAGGCAGCUCGGGAUGAGGCUGUGGGUCUCCAGGAUAAGCUCAAGGGCAAGCUUGAGGAGCUUCGGGAACAGCAGCAUGAAGAGCGCCUGGCCACGAGUCCUCUGAAGGCCAAGCUGGCUUCCCUGGUCCAUAAAUGCCAGGAGAGGAACCGCCUAAUUGAGCAACUACUGCAGGAGCUGCCAAGAGGAGAGCCCAAGAACCACCUGCUCUCUGAACUGGCACAGAAGAUGCUUGAUGAUGUGGCACUGGCCGAGUAUGCAGCCACCUUCCUGACCCCAGGAGCCCUAGAGGUAAUCUGCCACCUGGAUGUGGGCUCCAAGGGGAUGACAGCCAGAGGAGCUCAGGAGUACCUGCUUAAUUCUGAAACGGACAGUAUCCUCCAAAGCCUGUGGGGUGUGGAGCCCUGGUCCCUUGCAGGGGCUGAGUGGACAUCGCAGAUAGCUCUGCCCAGUUCCUCAAAGGCUAUGAGAGCCCUGUCCAGCACCAUGCCCUUACAGCUCCCAUAG